GCCAACAAGCUAGCGGGCUUUGUUAGCGUAGAGAGACUAUAUUGCUGUGCCACCUGUUUCUUUUCUCACACUACUGCCACAGCUACAGUUGGCUUGCCUAUGUGUUGGCCAGUGCAGGUCUCAUGUAUGUUUACUGUACCAAUACCAUCCUUCAAACCAGAGGACCAUGUUCUCUCCAGAGAACCAAAAAUCCAUUACUGAGAAGCGGAAAGCUGAACCUGUCCUCAAUACUGAUCCUGCAAAGCUGCAAAAAAUACAGAUGGAGACUGGACGCAUGAUUUCAAGGAUGCCUGAGAAUUAAGAUAUUAAGCUACCUAUAAAUGAACUAUUAUUAAAAGCCUACCAGACUUCCUGCGAAAGAUCCAAGGUUUGUUUGGAGUCCGUGUUACCUGGGAAACCUCAGAAUUAUAGGCUGCUUGCACAGCAAGUUUCCUGAAAAUAGGACCAGAAACAUGAGACAGGUGAAGUAAAGCGACGUUCAUCUGAGAUCCAGAGGAAAUUUUCCGCAUUUGAAAAUCACUGAACGAGGGUUCAUUAUACAUCUAAGGAAUCAGCUAGUCUACAACCUCAGAUUCAGAAACAUUGCCCUUGUAACUGUAGGACAAGGAAACUGAUAUAACCUUCUGACAGAUUCACAACAAAUUUUGAAGAGCCUUGCCAUGGAGGAAUAUGAAUUUAGUGUUAAACAGCUCCAACCCAAUGUCAUAUCGGUACGUCUCUACAAGAGAAAGGUGGGUGGUCUUGGGUUUCUAGUUAAGCAAAGAAGAAACAAACCCCCAGUAAUAAUUUCUGACUUAAUUCGAGGCGGGGCAGCAGAGCAAAGUGGUCUUGUCCAGGUAGGUGACAUUAUAUUAGCAGUAAAUGAUAGACCACUUGUAGAUGCUAGUUAUGAAACUGCCCUGGAAAUACUGCGCAGCAUUGCCUCAGAGACCUUUGUGGUGCUCAUCCUUAGAGGCCCUGAAGGGUUCACAACUCAUUUGGAGACCACCUUUACAGGAGAUGGAACACCCAAGACAAUUAGAGUUACCAGACCUCUGUGCCCUAAGUCAAAGUCAAGUGACUUGUCAAGUCAGAGCCUGUACAGUAAAGACCAACAAAAUAUGGUGGACAGUGCCACGAGUUCAGCUGGUUCUUCAUGGCAGGAAGUUCACCAGCUUCUUAAUUUGAAUGGACUUGAUGGAGUCAAAGGAGAUGACAUAAGUAUAAGCCCUUGCCUUAAUGGGGGAGCGGAAAACAAUGAUAUCAUGAAAGAGAUUGAACCUGUGGUAAAUUUGCUACAAAAUGCACAUAAAGAGUUAAAUGGAGACGGUCACCAAGCAGAAAGGAAGGAUGCAGAAGUUCAAGUUGAAAGCAAAUCCCAGAAGGGAGGAGGCAAUGAUGCAGUCUUAAAUGAUUUAUGGAGGAGCAACAGUAAUAUGCCCGUCGUGUUAAACAACCCUUACCUAGAGUGUGAGCAGGUUUCAGCCUCGGGUAGACAGUCCCCUGCAAAGAGCCAGGUGAACGGAAGUCCUUCCAAGUGUCCUCGAUAUCUAAAAUUGAAAAAUUGGGACACAAACGCUGUUAUGCAUGACAUACUGCACUUCAAGGCUUCAAUGCCUACAUCCUGCACACAACAGUUGUGUAUGGGUGCGGUCAUGACUCCUCCACAAUAUGUCCGUAAGCAAGAAGAUAUCCGCACUAAAGAGCAACUUCUCCCCCUUGCCAAGGAGUUCAUUGACCAAUUUUACACUUCAAUUAAAAGAUUUGGCUCUAAGGCUCACUUAGAGAGACUGGAAGAAGUAACGAAAGAGAUUGAAGCCACAGAUACCUACCAGCUUCGUGAUACUGAGUUGAUAUAUGGAGCUAAACACGCAUGGCGCAAUGCAGCUCGCUGUGUGGGAAGAAUCCAGUGGUCCAAACUGCAGGUCUUUGAUGCUCGAGACUGUACAACGGCACAUGGAAUGUUUAAUUACAUCUGCAACCACAUCAAGUAUGCCACCAACAAGGGCAACCUCAGAUCAGCAAUCACUAUUUUCCCCCAAAGGACUGAUGGAAAACACGACUUCAGGGUAUGGAAUGCACAGCUUAUCCGUUACGCAGGAUAUAAGCAGCCUGAUGGCUCAGUGCUUGGGGACCCAGCGAAUGUAGAGCUAACUGAGAUUUGCAUUCAGCAAGGCUGGAAAGCUCCACGAGGCCGAUUUGAUGUCCUCCCUCUAGUUCUUCAAGCAGAUGGCAAUGAUCCUGAACUGUUUGAGAUCCCUCCAGAAAUGAUUAUUGAGGUUCAAAUCCGGCAUCCUAAGUUUGAAUGGUUUAAAGAUCUGGAUCUGAAGUGGUAUGGAUUACCAGCUGUGUCCAGUUUGCUACUAGAGAUCGGAGGCCUGGAGUUUACUGCUUGCCCUUUCAGUGGAUGGUACAUGGGGACUGAAAUUGGAGUUCGAGAUUACUGUGAUAACUCCCGCUAUAACAUACUGGAGGAAGUUGCCAAAAAAAUGAACUUGGACACAAGAAAAAUGUCCUCGCUAUGGAAAGACCAAGCUUUGGUGGAAAUUAAUAUUGCAGUUCUGUAUAGUUUUCAGAGCGAUAAAGUAACAAUUGUAGAUCAUCACUCUGCUACAGAGUCAUUCAUUAAGCAUAUGGAAAAUGAAUACCGGUGUCGUGGAGGUUGUCCUGCUGAUUGGGUCUGGAUAGUGCCCCCAAUGUCUGGAAGCAUUACUCCAGUAUUUCACCAAGAAAUGCUCAACUACCGUCUGACACCUUCCUUUGAAUAUCAGCCUGACCCCUGGAACACUCAUGUCUGGAAAGGAGUGAAUGGAACUCCAACUAAGAAGCGGGCCAUUGGAUUCAAGAAGUUGGCCAAGGCAGUAAAAUUUUCAGCUAAAUUAAUGGGACAGGCAAUGGCAAAAAGAGUGAAAGCUACAAUUCUUUAUGCAACUGAAACUGGCAAAUCUGAAGCCUAUGCAAGAACAUUAUGUGAAAUAUUCAAGCAUGCCUUCGAUGCAAAGGCCAUGUCGAUGGAAGAGUAUGACAUUGUGCAUUUAGAGCAUGAAGCCCUUGUCUUAGUGGUGACCAGCACCUUUGGAAAUGGGGACCCACCAGAAAAAGGAGAGAAAUUUGGCUGUGCCCUGAUGGAGAUGAGGCAUCCCAAUUCUAAUAUGGAGGAAAGAACUAGCUACAAGGUGCGUUUUAACAGUGUGUCUUCUUAUGCUGAUGCUCGAAAGUCAUCCGGAGAUGAGACAGGACCUGGAGAUAAUUUUGGAAGUGCAGGUCCCUUAGCCAAUGUUAGAUUUUCAGUCUUUGGACUUGGUUCAAGAGCUUACCCUCAUUUUUGUGCCUUUGCCCGAGCUGUGGAUACUCUGUUAGAAGAGAUGGGAGGAGAACGGAUCUUAAAAAUGGGAGAGGGAGAUGAACUAUGUGGACAAGAGGAAUCUUUCCGAACGUGGGCGAUAAAAGUUUUUAAGGCUGCCUGUGAUGUUUUUUGUGUGGGAGAUGAUGUGAAUAUUGAGAAAGCGAACAAUUCUUUGAUAAGUAAUGACCGCAGCUGGAAGAGGAGCAAGUACCGGAUCAGCUUUGUGGCCGAGGCCCCGGAGCUCACACAAGCUCUCUACAGUAUUCACAAAAAGAAGGUAUAUGGUGCAAGACUAUUAGGUCGGCAGAAUUUACAAAGUACAAAAUCCAGCCGAUCUACUAUAUUCCUUCAACUACACACAAAUGGACACCAAGAGCUGAAGUACAAACCAGGAGACCACUUGGGAAUAUUUCCUGGAAACCAUGACGAUCUUGUCAGUGCCCUGAUUGAGAAGUUGGAAGAUGCCCCUCCAGUAAAUCAGCUGGUCAGGGUAGAAAUUUUAGAGGAAAGAAAUACAGCUCUAGGGGUAAUCAGUAAUUGGACAGAAGAGGAAAGGAUUCCUCCUUGCACCAUAUUUCAAGCCUUCAAAUAUUUCCUGGAUAUCACAACUCCACCCACCCCAAUCCUUAUGCAGCAGGUUGCAUGUCUUGCUACCAAUGAGAAAGAGAAAAAACGCCUGGAGAUUUUGAGCAAGGGCUUACAAGAAUAUGAACAGUGGAAGUGGUACAAGAACCCCACCAUUGUAGAGGUUCUAGAGGAGUUCCCCUCCGUUCAGAUGCCAUCCUCUCUCCUGCUCACACAGCUACCACUGCUGCAGCCUCGAUACUAUUCCAUCAGCUCAUCUCCUGACAUGUAUCCAGAUGAGGUUCACCUGACUGUUGCAGUUGUGUCCUAUCGUACAAGAGAUGGUGAUGGUCCCAUACAUCAUGGUGUCUGCUCCUCUUGGCUGAAUAGAAUACAUACUGAUGAAGUGGUACCUUGCUUUGUAAGAGGAGCGCCCAGUUUUCAUAUGCCACAAGAUCCACAUGUGCCCUGCAUCCUGAUUGGUCCUGGGACUGGCAUUGCACCUUUUAGAAGCUUCUGGCAACAACGCCUCUAUGAUAUGCAGCAUAAAGGACUGAAACCUUGUCCAAUGAUUCUUGUGUUUGGAUGCCGGGAAUCAAAGAUUGAUCAUAUCUACAAAGAGGAGACAAUGCAUGCAAAGAACAAAGGAGUGUUUAAGGAACUGUUCACAGCAUAUUCCCGGGAACCAAAUAAACCAAAGAAAUAUGUGCAAGACGUAAUGCGUGAACAGCUCUCGGAGGUGACCUUCAAAGCUCUGAAGGAACAGGGAGGAAACAUAUAUGUAUGUGGUGAUGUCACUAUGGCAGGAGAUGUUCUUAAGAGUCUUCAACAGAUUGUAAAACAACGCGGGAACAUGAGUGCGGAAGAGGCCGGAGCCUUCAUCAGUAAACUGAGGGAUGACAACAGAUAUCAUGAAGACAUCUUUGGAGUGACACUACGGACAUACGAGGUCACAAAUCGUCUCAGAUCUGAAUCAAUUGCAUUUAUUGAAGAAAGCAAAAAGGACUCAGACGAGGUUUUCUGCUCAUAACUGGAAUAUUUCAUUGUACACAGAUGGCAAACUGGUCAUGCGGCACACCACACCCCAUGCACAUGGCAUACCACACCUGCAUGUACACUGUUUGUGGAGACAUACAUAAACUGUGUGUACUGCAUGUAUGACAACAGCCGAUGACUCCACACCCUUAUGGCAAUGUGGAGAUUUACAUAUACUAACUCACUUUCUCUUUCUCAUAAAAAGCCUUCCUUACAAGAUGGAUUUUGUAACUUCAGAGGCAUUUUUUUUAACUGGGACUAUCAGCACAGAUCUGCCUGCCAUACUGUGCUGUUCUCGUCCUUUGCUCAUAAACAUAUAUUAAUAUAUGUAAUGUAAAAGACAUAUAUAUAUCUCUUCCAUUGUAACGAUGGGAUUCCAGUUGUUUUCAAUAUAAACUCACUAUGAUAAUUUUGCUUGAGAUUCCGCUGCUGCAUCUUGAAACAAGAUUUUAAUUGCAAGAAAAAGAAAAAAAAACACCAUUCUCUGGUGCAUGAAUCUUGUCCUUGUCUUCAGGCCUUGCUUUGUGUUUUUCAGACUGAAAUACUGUACGUCCAGGUAGCAAACAAGAUCUAAGGAUUACAACAUUUACGUCAACUUUUAUGCAAAUAGCAAAAUUGUUAUGGCCUUCGACCUGCAACUCUGUAUUUUAUUAUUCUUAUCCCCUUAGAUAUCAUCUUAUAUACAGAAUUAUUCUACAUAAAGAUGUCAGCUUGUUUGUAAAUACAUUGCAUUAGUUACACCCUGAAUCCCACUGCAGUACAGCAUUAACAAUUCUGCAGCUUCAGAGGGGAAAUCUCCCAGCAUUCCUUAAUGGCUGAAUGUCUGCACACAGCCCGCAUUGUUGGUUAUUUGGGAAUUGUAGUCUCCAUAUCAGACUCCAGUGCAGUCUGCUAUGAUGUCUGAUAUUUUUAAAAGAGCAGAAUUUUUAAUGCAACUCUGUAACUCAGGAUCAGUGCUAGUAAUGAUGUAAUGUAUAUAGAAAUGUACUCAACUGUUUAUUUACAGUCAGUCUGACCACUUAAAACAAAGAAACACUGUACAAUCCCUUUAAAGGGAAUCUGUCUCCAGCGUCACCCGCACAAACCUGCUGUUACAGGGUAAUAGUGCAGGUGAUGCUGGUUCUAAUACUGUUUACCUUUUUUUCCUAUGUGGCCCCAUUUAAGAGCUAUGCCUGAAAAUCACAUUAUGCAAAUUAAGUGUUUUUGUGCACUGGGGGUGUUCUCAGACACUUGCUGAACUCUUCUGCAUGUCCAGCUCCGCCCUGUGCACCACCCCUUUAUAAAUAUUCAUGGAUCUGAGCUCCAUUCUAUAUAGGGUAGAUGAAACUCAUGACCCGCACAUCCCACUCCUGUCACAUGAUCAUCAUCAUCACAGGUCCUUCAGCCACACUCUCUUCUAUCCUGCACUGCUGAGCUC